AUGGAACAGUUGAGAAAUGAAGCUAGUAAACUUGAUGAGAGAUUUAGAGUUACAGAAGAUCAUCUUAAGCAAAAGAAUCUAGAAAUUAAGAAACUGAGAGAUGAAAAGAAAGAAGCAUUGGCUGCACAAUAUGCAGCAGAAGCAACACUUAGAAGGGUACAUGCAAAUCAAAAGAAUGAAGAUUAUGUUCCAAUAGAUAGUAGUUUCAUUGCUACGGGCGCAACGGCUAACAUUGUUCGCGAUUACCAAAGACAGAUUUCCGAAUUGCAAGAUGAGAAAAGAACACUGGAUAGGGAACUAGCAAGAGUAAAAGUUUCGGCUAAUAGGAUUGCAAAUGUCAUGACUAAUGAGUGGAAGGAUGAAAGUCAUAAGGUCAUGCCUCUUAGGCAAUGGAAAGAAGAGAAAAGAAUUAUGCAGGCAGAGAUGCAACGGUUGAAAGAUAAGCUAGCUAUAUCAGAGAGAAGAGCUAAGGAGGAGUCACAACAGAAGGAAAAACUAAAAGUGAGGCUAAAAGCACUUGAGGAAGACUUGUCGUCUAAUGCGUGGACUUACAAGAUUGGAGUACAAGGAGAACAUCAAAGGUUACACCUGGUAGAUGGGUUGAAUAAUACGAAAUGGACAUCUACUUCAGAAGCACCAAAAGGCCAGGCACUGACAUGGUACAAGGCUACUGUGGAUGCCCCACCUGGGGAUGAACCAGUUGGGUUUUAA